UACAAAUUAAACUAUUGACCAAAAGAAGAUCAAGAAGAAGGAGAAGAAUCCAAAAAGCACGUACGUAAAAGACUAGUUGUUUAUAAGUGAAAGAGGGCAUGUGCAUGGCACUAUCUUGUUCUAAGCAAAAAUAUUAUUAUUAUUAUUGUGCAGAUUAAUUGGGGGUAGUAAAAAGAUAUUUUUCCACAUAGAACAAGAUUAAUUUAAUUUACCCCCCUAGUUUCUUGUUUAUUCUUCCAAAGCCUCGUUAAACCUUAACCUUCGGAUCUUACUUCACCCGCAUAUAUGUAUAUCUUAACUCUUGGUCAGUUCCCCGUUUCAACCCUUUCAUCACAAGAUUAACUAUCAUAAUAGUUACCACAUUUGUCGUGCCUCACCUCAUUCUGAAGUCAUUCUAUCUUGAUAGGUUUCUAUAAAAAGGAACACUUACUCGGCAUAAAGAAGUUGUUUUGACUUGAUCAAUUUGAAUUUAGAUAAUUGAAAGACGUAUCCUUAAACCUAAUCGCUUACUUGAAGUUAUAUCGUUGUGUUUCUUUUCCAAAAAAUCAUAUGUUAGAAGGAGUACAUCAGCUCUCUGGUCUACUCCUUCGUAUGUUGCACUCAAACAGACAAUCAAGGAGGGCGAGAGUCUAGCAAAUAUGCAUCGGUUAUACUUUCAUAAGAGUAUCCUUCCGUUGUUAUUAAUUUCCGCUCAACAUCUUGAAAAACAUAAUUAGUUGAACCAUGACCAACCAAACUUGUCGCAAUAUCAAAGAAAGCACUCAAAUGAUUUGAAAAGAAGACCUUAUUCGAAAUCAUACAGCUUUUCAUAAUUGUCCACACGAAGAUUACCUAACAUAACUGGGUUUUAGGGGUGGCUAUACGGUCCGGUCCGGUUAAAUUGGACCAAAUUGAUCCGGUCUCAGUCCGGUCUUUUCGGGAAUAUAAGGACCAAAGAUCGGAUUGGAUACAGUCCGGUCCCAAUUUUAUCUUGAUUUUAGGUGUUGGGGGUCUCUUAUCCGAUUUUUUACCUCAAAUCUAAGCCCGAUGAUGAGAUUACAUUGUUUGCUAUCCGGUCCCAGUCCGGUCCCCGUCUGAGUUAUACGGUCCGGUUUUCGAUAAAACCAAACAGUCGGGACCAAAUAGCCAGCCCUAACUGGUUUGGACUUUGGAUGCAAAUAUUGAGGUACCCAACGCCCCGUUGCUGUUCUAGACAACCGGAAGAUGCAGCCCAUACUUUACACCUUGGCCUGUUGGGUCUCUUGCUGUCCGUGGUCGGUCUAUAGUAUUGGGCUUUUAGCCUUAAAAUUGCACUCCCGUAGGCUUUUUUACCACGUAAUUCUCAGCCCGCCCAAUUAUGGCCAAAAAAGCUUCGUCACCGAAACCACCAGUCCACCACCGUCAGUCGCCAGUCGCCACCAUCAUUCAUUCAAUUCAACCAGUCCGACCGUGCUUUUCUCUCUCCACCGUCUCGCCGGCUGACUUCUUCUCCAAACUCCGGAACUCAAUUCUUCUCUACGCCGACGACACCCACCUGCCGAAGCAGCAUCGCUCUGUCACUCAAAAGGUUAGCCUAUCCCUUCGUCGCUACCUUCUCUCGCUGUUCCAUUUCUGUCUUGUUCCCUCUGUAAUUGAUCGGAUCUUACCGCAGCUCGCCGGUUAACUCUUCGCAUCUGCUAGUGAACGAGUAAUUAAUUAGUUGCUAAGUAUAUCCCGGAGUGAUCAUUGAAAUUGUUCCCUAGUAGUUCUCCCCCAGCUCGAUGAUGAACAACAGGUGUCUAUGAAUUACUGGUUAAAAUCUAGCUCAGGAAUCCGGAUUACAAUUGGAAAUAAGGGUUCUGUCGAUUGAACAAUUUAGGGAUUCAUUUCGUUUUUCCCUCAAAUUGGGAAUUGGUGGAUUUCUUUUCCCUUUGUUUAAUACUAUUUUUGGAUCCUACAGGGGAGGAAGAGAAGAAGUUAAAGAUGGUAAAAGCAUACACACAGGAGCAUGUCUACAAGCAUCCAUGGGAGAGGGUAACAUCAGCAUCAUGGCGAAAGUACUCCGACCCGGAGAACAAGCGAACAUUAAACCACGUCCUCGCUGUGGACACGCUGAACCAGAAGCUCGACUCUCAGACUGGGAAGCUCUACACUACUCGUGCACUGAUCAUCCACGCACCGGGGCCCUGGUUCAUACGCAAGAUCGUGGGGCAGGACAUCUGCAACUGCGUGGAGUCGACGGUCGUGGAUGGACGGAACAAGUCAAUGCAGCUCACGACUCGUAACAUUAGCCUCGAGAAAUUCAUCGAGGUGGAAGAGCGCAUAAGGUACGAGCCUCACCCGGAUAACCCCAGUGGGUGGACGGUUUGCAAGCAGCAGACGAGCAUUCGUAUCAAGCCAUUCUCUGCUCUGGCAUCAAUGGCCGAGAAGUUGGAGCAGAAGUGCGCGGAGAGGUUCAUGAAGAACAGCGUGAAGGGGAGGGAGGUUAUGGAGAGGAUCUGUAAGUAUCUUGAAUCUGAACCCGCCUCGGGAGUAUCAUUGUAAUGCCUUGAGUUAUUGAAGUCCUAGAAUCAGUGUUUGUAAAGAUGUUGGUGAUUAGAGGGUUUUGACUAGAGGGGAGUGACAGUGUGAUUUAACACAAUGCAAGCAAAACUAACAUAGAUUACUUUGGGCUGGGAACUGCAGGAAAUUGUUGUUCAUGUUCAGUUCAAUUACGAUGUAUUCUACUUUCUUUUCGAGAAUGAUAGAAUUGUAUCAGCUUGUUCAUCGGUAUGUGAUUGAACCAGCACGACCAAGUAACAGUUGAUUUGCUAGUUGAAACAAGAUCUGGCAGGUUCGUUUGGAGGCCCCUCAAACUCUGAAGCCUGCCUGCCUGCCAUUUAGGCAUUUACUAUUCACAAGUUGGUUGGCAUGAGCUGUCAUAUUGUAACAGAGAGAUGCCCACCAUGAACAUGAUUGCGCCAUAGGCUAUGCUUCAUUCAUCCCUCAUUUCCUCUACGUAUUCCAUAAAUGUUGUCAUGUUGCAUAGCAUCAGAGUGGAGAAUGAUCCAGUUAAGUCCAGAAUCGAACUUGAUUCAAAGGUAGAUUGAAGAUGCAUCUGAUACAAUGCCUUUCAAUCCAAACUUGAUCCAAAAAUCGCUUUAACUGGCCUAGCAUUAGAGUGGAGAAUGAUCCAGUUCCAUUCGGGAGCGAACUUGAUUCAUAGGUUGAUUCAAGAUGAAUAUGCUAUUUCAAUUCGAACUUGAUCCAAGAAUCGCUCAACUUCUAACUGAUGGUAUUACUUACAUACGGUCGAAACAGACUCCUGCUGUAUAGAAUAAACCAUUGUCAUCCACACUGAGCAACUAAGGGCAGUUAAUGAUUCGAUGUCGAGUGACAGAUGACAAUGGGAGAAGGAUUUGGAGUCGGUCGUAGUCGCAAAGAGCCAUGGGAGAAACUGGACAUCUGAUAUAUAUUUGUUUUCGCUGUCUUGCUUGAUUUCUAUAUUACGCUUGAUAACCAGGGGAGGGGGCAAUUCUCUGUUACUCAAGUACAGGUGUGUGCAUUUCUGCGCUGCCAAGUAGUUGAGCAUCUGUGUUUGUUUGGUGAAUUGCAGAUCGCGGUGAUGUGCAAAAGGGGAGUGCGGAGAUAUUUUUCAGGUUCUGGAAAGAUGAUGGAGAAGAAGAAGCGCCACCUGUCUUUGUAGGUUUUAUGUUUCUGAAUAAUGUUGGGGUAGUAGUAUCAGUUAGCUGGCCAUGCCCUUGCUGUUGUGCAGUAUCAACUUCGAAUCACAAAGACUAAAGUUAGCUCUGUCUGGAAACUCAGGGCGGCCAUUAGUUGAGUAGAUAAUUGAUUUUGCUGACGUUAUUAGUGGGAAUCAAGGAUGUUAGGUUUUGAAGCUGAAGAUGUUAGGUUUUGGUGAAAGCAGCCCUUCAUUUUGUUUUUCCGACUUCUCAGUCAAUUAGCACUUUCGUGGAUUUAUUCAUAACUGAGGGAAGAAUGCUUCUACACGGUCCCGUGUCAUGCUCUUUGCUUCAUGUGAUACUAUUUCUGGGUUGUCUCGUGUAUUUUUUCAAGUCAUUGUAAGUUUUGGUUGCAGCAAACUGGAGUUUGCACUCCUUUAGGGUUUGAUUGGAUAUCUCUCUUCUGUAAAACCAUUGUGAACCUUGUUACAUCUGUGAAGCUCAGUAAUGGCUGGAUAUUUUACACUCUACACUGUUGACUUCUGUUUCCAGGAUUUUGGUUAUGUACAAACUACAUCUACGGAAGUUUUGAAGUCAUAUGUCUUUAAUGAGCCCAUUGUGAUUGAUUGCAACCUCUCAAUCCUGCUUCCAUGUUCAUGGUAUGAUUCUAUGAUCAGGUGACAUCUUUGUUGGUUGUUCUGUCACUCAACUGGUUUGUUUGAUUCAUGGACACUUAAUGCUCGCAGCAAGGGACCAAACGCAUGCCAGGUACCGCAGUAACAAAAUCAGUGGUUGCAAAUGACCCUGGGGGUAGGAAGAGGGAGGAAAUAUUUGUGGACAUAACUGAGAAAAUCAGUGUGACGUUCAGCUCCAGUGUAAGUAUUGGUUGUACUCCUCUUAACUCUGAAGUUAUGCUACCUUUUUGCUACAUGGAUAUCUAUGCAAUCUUCAGUAAGGGUGACAAGAGAAAGAGAGUUAUGUUUUGAUCUCAAAAUCUGAUGUUGGAUCUUCUACAUUUUUGUUUAUCAAACUUUCUCAUCAAAAUUGCUGUAGAUAUUAAGAUGCCGCGUCCAUGAUGUGUGUGGAAGAUGUUGUAAUUUUAGAGUAAAAAAAACUAAGUUUCAAUAACCUACUUAAUGCUGAGUUCUUGUAGGGUUUGCAUAAUACCUUUUAGACUAAGGUUAGUUUAAAGGAUAGCUGUGGAAUGCAUUGAUUAACACGAACUAGUGAUGUAGUACCUACAUGCAGAUUUUACGGGUGUUCAGUUCAAUUUGCAUGUUCAUAUCCACUUAGCAGAUUUCAUUUCUAGUUUUAUAGGAACAAUGCCAAUGAUUUUAGGAUUUUUAAGAGGAAUGUCAACUUCACCUCAUCUCAAAUUUACCACUUGCUUUACAGAUUAUAGGAGUUCAUCGGGUUCUGGGUCGGUGAUUCUUGAUGAUUGUAACUUCCAUGUAACCCAGGCCAACUCCUAUGUCGCACGCAUAUGAUGAUGACGACGAUUCGUUCAUUCAGAGGAGUGGUAACCGGUUAACCGUUUCCCUGGGUGCUGUAUCUUUCAUCCAAACAGAAGAAAUACUUGGUAGGUACAGACUCUCAUGGAUUUCUGUCUUGCAUAUGAAGAUGUACCUUGUUAUCUCCGACUUGUUCAAUUUUGUCGAUGCAAAUCGUGUCGUCAAAUGUAAUUUUUUUGUCCAUCAGACCCUCCUUUCCCCAAGCCUCAAGUUCCAGAACUGCUAAAACCUGAGCUCCCACCUUUCCCAAAACUUGGAGCUGCCCGAGAUAACAAAACCUCAACUUCCAAAAGUAGCAGAACAACCCACUACUCCUUGAAUCUUUCUGCUACUUAUUCUACCUGUUGAAGGUGGUGGCGGCUACAUCUACUAGUUGCUCAUGCCCUCAUUAGCCAUAUGAGGUCUGGUUUGAUUUGAAUACCAGCAUUUUAAUUUGUGUUAUCAAAUACGUUUGUCUUAUUACUUUUGUGUAUCGAUUUUGUACCCUUUUAUGCUUAGUGUAAUUAUUAUACUUCAUCAUGUGAUUUUUAUAUUGAAAAGAAAAUUAUUCCAUUUCU